GUCACCAUGCCCAGGACUUGAGCCCAGCCCCACGGGACAGGAGCCCCCACUGCGGGGUGAGUUCAGGGCUCCAACACCCCACCCGCCCCACCGCACUUCUCCUCCUCACCGGGCCGGCGGCUCACCUCGGAAGUCACGGACACAGAGCUCUGGUAUCUGUGACACAUUUGCCCAGAAAUCCAAAGCCCUAAUUCCGACGGACGGAGCUGGUCUGCGCCUAAGCCUCCUCCUCCACCCCCUGCCAUCGCGUCUGUUCAUUUCCAGGCCCCUCGCUGUCCUACUGCGCCGGGAAGGGGAUUCUGCUGCUCCUGGCCUUGGGGCCAUGGUCGCCAUGACGGCAGCGACUCACGUCCUAACCAGAGACGGGCAGGGACCGGAUGAAAAGGGAGAAGAAAGGUCUGCGGCAGCAGCUGUCGCCGAGCUCGGUGGUUUACACUGACGCUGGCCCAGCUCCGUGGGUUUCACAGAAAUGUUGAAUUGCAGCAAGCCAGGGCAAAAUGUCCCUAGAGAUCCGUCUGAUUUGUUUCCUGGUUUUUCAACCAGGUCUGAUGAAGACCAUUAAAAAACAAACUUUCAAAACUCCGAAUAUCCUGUCGUCUCUACACGACUUCCUCUGUUGAGCAACAAAACCUUCCCUCUCCAUAGACCCUGCUCAGUUUCAGUCUGACACACGCAGAAUCUCAGCUGCUCUGCAGAGUUCUUAGGAGCCGUUCAGCUGCCGGGUUUCUGCAGAAAAGAGCGAGGGGAAUUUGCUCACCACCUGGGGGCUAGAUUAUCUACAGACCUUUCAGCAGGGGACUCACAAGAUCCUCCUGUCCAACCACUCCGAGCUCUUUGCCCAGCUGGUCUGGAUAUCCGCUCUAUAGACCGAUUACUCCUGGCUUAGCAGCCCGUCCCACCCUGCACUGCCACGAUGCUCGGACCUCGACGGCCUUCCCUUCUCUUCCUCCUGCUGGCGUUCCAAGCUGCAGCUGCAGGAGCCCCCAGAGAAGAGUCUGGGUCCGUGAGGCUGAACGGGAUUUGGGGAGAGUCCGUCACUUUCUCUCCUGUGGUUCCAACAGGAACCCGGGUUACCAACAUAGUCUGGAAUGCAAAAACAAUUAUAGCAGUUGUGGAACCAGGAAAACAAGCCCCCCUCAAUGUGAUAGAUCAGCGUUACGCAGAGCGACUGAGAGUCCCUGACGGGGGCUACUCAUUGCAAAUCACUGGCCUGAGCCAGGAGGACACGGGCACGUACACAGCACAAAUAACCAUACAGGGAAUCACUGAACCCAUCUUCCAGAGAUUCGCCCUGCACGUGUACAAACGACUGACAGAGUCAGACAUCACAAUCUUCCCUGUGCAGGACUCUGUGCGCACUGUGAAUGGGACGUGUAACGUCACCCUGCACUGCACCCUCCAGGGGGGAGGAGAGGAUGUGACCUACACCUGGAACCAGACAUCAGAGAGCACUGUUGUCUCCAGCGAAGCAUCCAUUUUCAUCUUGCACAGACUCGGAUGUGGGGUCUUACCUGUUACCUGCACGGCCAGGAACCCCGUCAGCAGCAGCUCAAAAUCAAUUUCUCUCCAGGAAUUUUGUGAAGGUUUCGCGAGCAGCCCAGCGAGCUAUUGCCAGGUGAAGGGGAUUCUCCUGCUCGUGGUGCUGGGAACCCUGGUCACAGCCAUCGUCAUGGUGCACGUCCUCACCCGGGACAAAGAGAGGCUGGAUUAUUGUAAAGAAAUGGAAGUGGCUGCAAUUGCAGAGGAAUCGGUUCAGUUACAGCCAGUGAAAUUGCCAGAGUCGUGGGCAGAAAUCACCUGGAAGGUCACACUAGACUCAGCAGAGACGUAUCGGAUCAUUGAUCCCGUUAAGAAGUCAGACAGUGGCCUCUAUACCUUGCUAAUUGACACUGGAGGAGGCCGUGAAGACAUCACAAAGUUCCGUGUUUCUGUGUUUGAGCGAGUCCGGCAGCCAAACCUCACGGUGCUCUCUGCCCACGCGGAGCUCGGCCAGUGCAACGUUACCCUGUCCUGCUCCGUGCCUGGCGCUGACAGAGUCACCUACGGCUGGUCCCGAGGCACGUCCCGGAUCCCGUCUGACCGGGACCAUCAGCUCCAUGGGCACCAAUCCCUGCUGCACGUAGUGAUUAAUGCAAACAGCAGUGACGCCUUCUAUCGUUGUAACGCUAGUAACCAAGCCAGCUGGGGCGCAGACACUGUAGACGGCAAAUCAUUGUGCGACUCCCCAGCCACAGGUUUCGCGAGCAGCCCAGCGAGCUAUUGCCAGGUGAAGGGGAUUCUCCUGCUCGUGGUGCUGGGAGCCCUGGUCACAGCCAUCGUCAUGGUGCAGGUCCUCACCCGGGACAAAGAGAGCGCGAGUUACCACAAAGGAAAGAGCGUCUCGCUGGGGAAGUUGCAGAGCUGUGGGGCGGGUCAUUUCUCUGCAGCCCCUCGGCACCAUCAGGGAUCGGCCACUCAGCAAACCCUGCCGGCCAACCCGCUCCGGUUCUGGGUCUGUUCGGUCAGGACACCCGUUAUAUGGACUGACGGCCGCCCGCUCUGCCUGCCCCUCGCUGUCAGGAUGGAGGGGGCUCGACGGCCUUCCCUUCUCAUGCUCCUGCUGGUUUUACAGCCCGGCGGGUUCGGCAGAGCAGAGGCAGACGCGCUGGAGCUGAGCGGGAUUCUGGGAGGGUCGGUCACUUUCCCUCUGGAGAUCCCAGCAGCAGAGCAAUUCGAGAUCGCUGCCUGGACUGUAAACACAAACAGUCUAGCAACUGUAACACCAGGGAAACCACCCAAUGUCGUUCUGAUAGACAAAACAAAUUACCGCGGACGCCUGGAAAUCCUUGACCAGAGCUACUCCCUACAGCUCACCCGCCUGCGGAUGGAGGACACGGGACAAUACAGAGCGGCCGUAAACACGGAUAAAGGCUCUGUUACCAAGCGCUUCACACUGCGCGUGUACAAGCCAGUACCGGAGCCAACUGUCCUCUGUGACUCAGUGACCUGUGUGAGUGAAACCUGUAACUACAACCUGAGCUGCACCGUCAGGGAUGGAGGGGAGCAUGUGACCUACAGCUGGACUCACACAGCAGGGGGCGCUGUUGUACCCAAUGAGUCCAUUCUGCACAUCUCUCUGAGCCCCCGUGAUGCUCACCUGAAUGUCACCUGCACAGCCCAGAACCCCGCCAGUAACAGCUCCACAACGGCCUCUGCAAAGAACCUUUGUGCAGCUCACUCAUCAGCCCCGGCCUCCUCGCUGUCCUACUGCCACGUCAAGGGGAUCGUCCUGCUGCUGGUGCUGGGAGCCCUGAGCGCCGGGAUCAUCGUGGUGCACGUCCACCCCGGCAGGGAGCGGAGACGGGACUGAGAGCAGAGGAGCUCCCACUGCGGCUGCCAAUCCCGCCUGCGCGUUCCCCAGCCCGCCAGCCCGAGGGUGAUACAGGGGGACGCUCGCUUGCAGCUUCCGAAGGGUGAAUGUCACUGAGUGGAAGGAGGGGAAGUAUUGGGUCCCUCUGUGUGGUGGGAGAUGUGGUGGAGAAUCGGCCCUGCUCAGAGGCGGCCUCUGGCAGCCGCCAACAGCACAACAUGUGCGCCUGCCUCAGUUUCCUCCCAUCAACCUUCUGAAAAGACCCCAGUGUCUAAUUGUUCCCCUACCUGGGGCUGAUUUAUUAUCCCAGAGUGUAAACAGUCCCCAGGCGCCCAGCCCAGAGCUCACACAAAUUCCCCGACCCAGAGCUCACUGCUCAGUCCCCACGGCUCCUCCAGUGCCGGAUUCUAACCAGGCUUCCCAGGCCCGUCUGGGCUUCCCAGACCUUUCCCAGGGACUCCCUGCCGUGCCCGCUUCCCCCCCGCCAGGCUCUUCCCCCCUCCAUGGCAUCCGGCUCUCUGGGGACAGGAGCUCACUUCCAGCUGCACCUGGUUAAUGCCCAAGGCAGGCCGGCCCCGGCCUCUGGCUGUUAAAGGGGCAGAACACCCUGUCACGGAGGCACUUUCCCCCCACUGUGCUCUGGGGCCGAUGACUGUGCGGGGCAGGGCGAUGGAGAGCCAGGACCAAGGAGUUUGGCCUGGAAGAAACUCAGCUGCCUUGUGAACCCAGGACUGGCCCUAAACACAGGGGACCCUGGCCUGGUCUAGACCCAGCUGCUGCCCCAGUGUCACUCUACUGGUCAGUGGGUGAUUUUCUACUGGUACAAUGAAAGCGCUGCCUCCCUUACUGGGGAUGCCCUUGUCUCAGUGGAAAGGGGCAUCUCUGGGUGCAGCCCCAGAACCUCUUUAACUGUCUCGGUUUCUAAGCCAAGCCCGUGUGGAGACAAGCCCUUAGGAAUUACCACAUGGGAUCAGAAUCCCGGCCAGUCUAGAUCAGCGUCCCUACUCCAGCCCUGCCCUGCCUCGGAUACUUCAGAGGAAGGAGAAACACUCCCCGUAGUGGGCAAUACUGGAAUAACCUGCCCAUAUGAGGAAUUUUCCUCACCCCACGCACAGAGAGAAGUUGGUUUAUACCCUGGUGCCAAAGAGUUAAUGUCCCUUCCACAUUCUAUCUCUCCUCCCCAGCAGAACCGUGAAUGUCCUUGUGAUUCAGACAGGUCAAGGGUGUGUUGGGUUUUAAUCCUGCAAAAGCGUGACAAAGCGAUAAUAUCCAGUGGCAAUGAGUUCUGCGGGAUAACUUUCCAUCAUGUAAAUAAAGUCUCCACUUCUGCACUCCA